AUGGCCGAGCAGGCAACGCUGUCACUUCAGAGUCAGCUCAAACUCGCGAAGGACAUGGGUUAUCAAGAAGAUGUCAUUCUCGAAGCGCUGGCGACAUUGGAGAAAGACAAAGAGGGGAUGUAUCUACCGUUCGAAAGUACAAACGCCAUGCUUGAUGCCUUGAAUAGCACUUCUGUCCGUGUGAACUCGGCACAAAUAGGUGAUCCGUUGGAAAGGGAUGUCAAUGAUCCGAGGACGUAUCGCAGUCCAUCGAAGAACGUGCCGCGGUCGUCAUCGUUCCAUGCCGGAUCGCCCUCCACAAGUCCACGAAGCGAACAACUCUCGAGGCUCCUCCGAACAUUCGAACGGGAAAAAAUCCGUGAUCGUGAAGCGGCUGACAGUCACAUGGCCAGGCUCAAGGCACGAAUCCACGACCUGGAGCGGAUAAAUGAUCAGCAUCAGAUGACGGAAAGAGAGAUGCGAGAGCGUCUACACGAAUUACAACGUCGUAAUGAAACCCUGAAUGUUGAGUACAAGAAGAGUGAGAGAGAAAAGGAGCAGCUGAAUCAAACAGUGAUCGAGCUGCAAGCCUUGACGGAUCGUUUGACGUUGGAGAAUCUUCGAAAUGAACACCAAGCGAAAGAUCAGAAAGAGUUGGCCGAACAUCGCAAGAAGCAGUACGAUACGCAAAUAUCCGCUUUGGAGGAGUCAAUUCGGACCCUCACCGAACGUUGUAACGCCUUAGCGGCGGACAUCAAGGAGAAGGACCGGCAGCUGCGCGAGAAAACCAAACGAAUUCAAGAGAUCGAAGAUCGCAACUCUCAAUUGCAACCGGAAGCGUUGCUGGAAAAGAUAAUGACCGAAUAUCAGCUAAAACGAAAAGAAGAAGAGAAGCGAAAGGAAGCCAAUGAGAUUUUUAAUAGGAAAAUUACAAAAUAUCACGAACAAUUGUUGGCGUCAUUUCCUCGUCUGGAGGAGCAACGCCGACGCCUUGAAACAGAAAAGGAGCGCGCUGUCGAAGAAAGCGAGCAGUUACGCAGAGAGAUCUCACGACUCAGAGAGAAGACCUGCGCCGAGUGCUGCAUAUGUCUAGCCACU